UGGAACAUUUCACCACAUUCCCCCACCGACUCUUCAGCCUCCUCUUACCCCGGAGAAGAGGCACCUAUCCCCGGCGCACAUCAGCACGACAGGUCGGUGACACAUGGCGGCCAGCGGGACGAUCCUGCCGUCCUUCUCCACCUUCGCCCUGCAGAAGGAAGUGUGGCGGGACCAGGUGAGCUGCGGGCUCCAGAAAGACGACGAGGACCUGGACACGUUCCUGGACCUGGACUUUAUCCUGGCGCACAGCGUCAUGAGCGCGGACGGAGCCGGGGUUGACUCGUACCGGACUCAGGACCAGCCCGGGUACCUGCACCAGGACGUCUACGCGUCCGUUCCGGACUUGAGCGCCGCGCCGCCGCCGCCGCCGUACAGCAGCCUGAUGGCGGAGCUUCUCCGCCCCGACGCGGACGUCUGCGGCUUCGGCUUCCUGGUCGGCGCCUGCCCGCAGGACUUAUUCCCCGCGUGCGUCAAGGUGGAGCCCCCCUGCGCGGACUCGUACGGCCCGGUGCUGGGGGUGGUGCCGCACACCUGCAGCAAGGUGAAGCAGGAGGGCGGCGCCACGUGCAUGCGAGCCUGGGACGCGCAGCCGCGCCUGGCCAGCUCCCCGCAGGGCAGCCUGACGCCCCCCCUCAGCCCGGACCACCACGCCCGCGCCUGCACGCUCACCUUCCCGCAGGGCUUCAACCAUCACCACCACCAUCAUCCAUCCUUCCAGCUGCAGUUCGACCCCCGCCACCACUUCCCCGCCAUGUUCGCGGAGGACGUGCACGCGCAGCUGCAGCAGACUUCCGGCACGCGCGUGCUGCUCACGCCGCCGUCCUCCCCGCUGGACAACAACAAGCCGCGGCGGGGGCGGCGCUCCUGGCCCCGGAAGCGCGCGGCCUCGCACACCUGCACGUUCGCGGGCUGCGAGAAGACGUACACCAAGAGCUCGCACCUCAAGGCGCACCUGCGCACGCACACAGGUGAGAAGCCUUACCACUGCACGUGGGAGGGAUGCGGGUGGAAGUUCGCGCGCUCCGACGAGCUGACGCGUCACUUCCGGAAGCACACCGGACACCGGCCCUUCCAGUGUCACCUGUGCGAGCGCGCCUUCUCCAGGUCGGACCACCUGGCCCUGCACAUGAAGAGACACAUGUGAGGGGGGCGGGGGGCGUGGCCACCAGGUGGGGGGCGUGGCUCGCGAACGAACAAUGCGGGAAAAAAGGAGCAAGAAUGUAGCUGGUUCUACUGCAGCGUCAUGGCGGGAACAUGCACCUGUCCAGACAACGUUUUUUUUCCCCGCCAAAACUGCUGCAAACCUUUGAUAGAAUGUAAAGAGAUUAUUUUAUUGUACAUAAUAAACUAUAAGACACCA